AUGCCCCUCCAAAGUCAAAAGUCAACUGGGAAAGAUGGACGAAAGAGAACAUACUCUUUAGUCUCUAAUAUAUCAAACGCGCAGGCUGGUCCUGUCGCAAGCACCAAGACAGCUGCGAACAGCUCGCCGUCGGCCCAACAGGCCCAAGGCGCAAAGCAAGCCCUAAAGUCGACAUCGGAACCCCAACCACAGAAGCCCGAGUCGGCGAAACAAGUGCCCAACGUGUUUGAAUAUCUUGAUGAGAAUGACGAAUCAUCUUCAGGCUCAUCUUCAUCCUCUUCAGAUUCCUCGGAUUCGGAAUCCGAGGAAUCUGAGGACGAAGAGCCGGAACCUCGCCCUAAGCAAGCGGCCCCGAAGAUCCAGUCUCCCACACCCCAGCCCAAGACUGCACCACCUGGAGUGUUGAUACCAGAGACAAACUCACCUCCUAAGCAGCUGGCACAGUCGUCGCCGGCUUCCAAAAGUCCGCCGGAACCACCCAAGCCCCGAGCAUCACCGGCUCCUCAAGCCCCGCCACCAGAAACCCAACUGGUCACCCGAAAGAGGCAAACUGCGAGGAAGCCCAGCCCCAUCUCUAUGGCGAGCAUCUCUCCAUCCUCAGAUAAGGGACAACUGGAGCUGUCCCGUCCACCAGCAUAUCAUGGACCAAGAGACCCCGGUGCCAUUCACAGGCCACCCCUACCACCAUCUCCCCCACGAAGUCCUGAAGAAGGCCUUCAUUGUACAACACCAAGAAAGAGAAGAUCCUCCACCCAAAGCUCUUCCGGCUACGGGCUCGUGGCCUCCCACCUUACGAAAUCCGCAUCCGAGGAAAAGGAUGCAUUCCCACCCCUCUACCGACGCUUCGAGAGCGUCAACCACCGCGUCCUCCUCCAUCUCCAGGACGAAAUCUCCCAAAUGGAAGAAGACCUCCACACCCUCGACGAAUACGAAGAAAUGCACCGCAUCACCACGGCAGAGCAAGAAGGCACCAAGCCUCUUCCUGCCUCCAGACGUAGAGACUCCCAGGCCCAGGCCUACUCUCCUCUGCACUACCGUCGCAUGGAUCUAAUGUCCGCGCUGAUCGUCAAGACAGAGCAGUAUAAUAAUGCACUUUGCGCCUAUAGCAAGGUAGUCCAGACGCUUCCCUCUGCGCCGGAAAAGGAUAUCGACAAUUACCGCGGCUGGCUGAAAAAGCGCCACCCCAUUGCCUCUGCCGAGUCCCGCUUCUUGGAUCAUAGAAAUGAUCUUGUUUCCUUGACACCGCGGAUGGCGGCCUCUUCUGCCGCGGCUCCUGUUUACGUCGCUAUCAUCAUUGCGUCUGGAGCGUUGCUGUUGCCGCUCUUGGCGUUCAAUAUGAUUGCGGAGUUUUCGGGCCGACUUGUCGUUGUGACGGUCGUUGGCGGGGCUGCGGCUGCUAUUGCGGCUAGUUAUUCGGCUGGUGUUGAUUCCCUGGUUGAUUCGAGGGAUGGUUGGAGGUGUGCGAUGAUAUAUUUCGGGUUCAUGACUUUGGCCGCUAUGUUUAUUCCCUGA